GUGGCAUGUUCCAUGUGUCCCUGCCCUCCUGACAGUGUGGUUAAAGCUCCCUAAGUGGCACGCCACUCAGUAUGGUGCUGCUCUCCUGGAUUGAGCCACUGUAGGCAAAUACAGCUGAGGGAGAACAGAGCAGCCUCUGUGGGUGUGUGUAUGAGAGCGUGCAACACUGUUCAGCAUCAUCAUGGAUACAGAAUAUUCCAAGAGAGUGUACCAGGGUGUCCGGGUCAAGCACACGGUGAAAGACCUGCUGGCGGAGAAGCGAUCCCGACAGACAAACGGGCCCAGAUAUAACGGAGGAUCAACUACUCCGCCUUCAUUUGUCCAGAUGCCAGGGUCACACAUGCUGCCCAGCUACUAUAGCAUGAGGAGACCCUUCUUAUCCGACUCAGACUUUUGUGCAUCCAGCAAGCAGUUCCCUCCUGACGUCUACUCCUCCACACAACCGUCCACUAUGAGCAGCUACUCCUCCCUCAUUGACAGCUAUUACCCAGAAACCUUUGGAGACUACCGCAGCGCUGCCACCUUCUCCAGCUCUGGAAGUUCCUUCUUGCCUUCAUCCGCCAUUUCCUCCUUGUUGCCGCCUUUCAGCGGAGAAUCCUCACAUUUAUAUCUGCGUGACUCAUGGGACCAGUCAGGGUCGGAGCCGGUAUCCCAGGUGGAGGGCCUUUGUCCAGACAGCCUGGCCUCUGUCAGUGUCCCUCCAUCCAUGCCCAGCCCGGAGCCCCCUGGCAGCCCGUCGCAGUACCGUUCCCCCAGCCGCGGCUCGUCCAUGGGCCCCGUCCCCAGCAGCCAGCCCUACACCCUGCAUUCCCUGGAGGACGUCCACUACCAUCCUUUAACCAGCAGCAGUACCUACCCUGUGCCCUCCUCCUUUCCAUGCCCCCCGUACAUGAGCAGCCCUGUCAGUGACCUGGUGUCCAAGAUGGUGACAGAGGAGGUGGGCGAAGGUCACAGCAGCCUCCCGGCUGGCACUGACGCCCACUCCUCAUGGGCUAAGGAGGACGGAGUGAACCCCUGGUCCCCCUACGAGAUCAGAAGGGCCUACUGACCCCAGUCCAACCAAGACUGCAGGUGGAUGGAAUUUCACAAACUUUUUCUUCCAGGAAUAAAGUCAGGAAGCACCGACCUUGAUGUAAAUUGUUAUUAAGAAGGUGUUUUUUUCUUUUUUGUGCUUUUUAUUGGACAUCGUCUUCAUCACUUCAUCAUCAUUUCCUGCUGACACUUGUACCUUCAUUAGCAACACAGUAGCAUUGUUUGACUAUGUUGGACACAAUUAUACGGUGGAAAAAGUCACAUAGGGGUGUUUAUUAUUUUCCUCUUAUUUUUGUUCAUUUUAGUCUGUUUUUCAAGUUUGUAUUAUAUGUAAAAAGAAUGAAGAAGCUGGUAACAGUAACUACAACAGCAACAAAUAAAAUGCAUUUAAGGAUGAA